AGGUUUGUCAGUUAGGGGGAGUAGAGUCUAAGUGGUGAGGAGUGGAACCGGUUGUGCACCAGACACCAUGGUUGACACCCGUAGUGGGAAGAGUACUGCCCCCCAAUCCGAGGCCGAGCAGGCCCGGAUCGCCGCCCUCCUGAGAGAGAGAAAAGAGAAGAAAGAGCUCCUCAAGCAAGCGAAGCUAAAGGCUAUAGCAGAGGAGCAGGCGGCGAAGAAGAAGAAGCUAGAAGAAGAGAUGUUAAGAUUCCAGAAGGAGAAGAUGAUGAUGUUACAGCAGGAGGAGGAAGAGAAGAGGAAGGCUGAAGAAGAAGCAGCAGCAGAGGAAGAGGUGGAAGUAGAAGAAGAACCCCUUGAAAGGAGGCGAGGGGGAGACAGGGGAGAAACAAGUGGCACGAAGGAGGAGGACAAAUGGAUGGAGAAGAAGAUCAGCGAGUGGGUGGCUAACUUAUCGUUGGGAGAGGAUGAGGAGGCACUAUUGUAUGUGCCGCAGGAGGAGAGGGAAGUGUUCGCCAGGGAGUUGGAAGUGAUAGGGGAUCCCCUGGAACGCCAGACAACAGAGGACGAGAAAAAGUUGGAGUGGAAGUUACGUAUGAUGAGGGAGAAGAAGAGAAAGGAGGGAGGAAGCCAACCGGCGGGAAAAAAGGAGGAGAAUUUCGAUAAUUGGGAGGCUAGCGUCAAUACGUACAUGUUUUUGCAGCAUAUCGGCCCCGAGGAGCAGGUCCUCGUCGCCUUCCAUGCGUUAAGGGACGAAGUGGCUAGAUUCGCCAGGUCCCUUGCGCGCGCCAUCGAUUGCGAGCAUAAUAUGAUUGCUUAUUCUAGGCUUACCCCUCUCUCCACGUUUCUCAAACUCCUGCGUGAGAGGUUCGCUGACGUCACGAGGGGCGUCAAGGCCUCUGACAAGCUCCAAACCAUCCACUCGCGACAGUGGAGGAGUGCGAGAGCACUCAAAGCUGUCAUGGACGACUUGGUAGCCGUCCCAGACCAUGGGGUCACUGAGACCCAGUUGGUCCAAUUGUUCUACCGUGCCAUGCCAGAGCCCUUACGAGGGCACUUCUUUGACAAGACCCAACAGCUCAGUAUCACAUAUGAUGCGUUGAGUCGCGAAGUGGUCCUGUUCGAGGCCAAGUCCAUGCCGAUUUCCACUUUCUCGCGCAAGGACUUAGACAAGGGCAAAAAGUGGAAAGGUUGUAACAUCUUUGGCCAAGUUAGGGCCAAGGAUCAUUUGAUCCUUACCUUAGAUGAAGGUGGUACUGAUGAGGUCCCCUACAGUCAAAUCGAGUGGGGACUUGAGGAGGAGGACAGCAGUGUAGGUCAAGGGAGGUCCUAUGCAGCUGUCGCGGUUGGAGGGAGGCCGCAAAGUAGAGGAGGAGGCCAGGGCCAAAGGGGCCAGGCCACGGGAGGCCGAGGAUCGGGCGCACAGGGGGUUGGCGGUCAAGGGAACCGUCAAGUGGGAGGUAGGGGUCAAGGUCCCCCGCCAAAUCGUCAAGGUCCUAGUCGGUCCCCGCAGCGACGAGGUGGAGGAUCACCUCAAAGGAGAGGAGGUUGGCACCCAGUAAGAAAGGAGCAACGAGAGGAUCAGGUCUUUGUAGCUUACAUUAGACCUGUCACUGAGCCUAAAGCAGAGGAGCCCAUAGACCCAGCUAUUGCCAAGCUGCUGGAAGAGUUCAAAGACUUAACUGAGCCGCCGACAGGAGUAGUGUCGCGGCCGAUCCAGCACAGAAUAGAGAUAGAGCCUGGAAGUAGAACUCCUAAGGGAGCAGUCUACAGGAUGUCCCCUAUAGAGUUAGAGGAGCUGCGCAAGCAGUUGGAUGAGCUCCUUGAGAAAGGUUGGAUUAGGCCCAGUUCGUCUCCUUUUGGAGCACCAGAUUUGUUCGUCCCCAAGAAGGAAGGAGAGUUGCGUAUGUGUAUAGAUUAUAGGGGUCUAAAUGCAAUUACAGUUAAGAACGCUGAACCACUGCCCAGGAUAGACGAUCUUUUAGAUCGGGUGCAGGGGUGCAAAUAUUUUUCAAAGAUAGACUUGAAGUCCGGAUAUCAUCAGAUAGAGGUCCAUCCUGAUGACCAGUACAAGACUGCAUUCCGGACUAGAUAUGGGCAUUAUGAGUUCAUAGUGAUGCCCUUUGGACUGACCAAUGCGCCAGAUACAUUUCAGCGAUGUAUGAAUGAUUUGUUUAGGCCUUGGUUAGCUAGAUUUGUCGCAGUAUACUUAGACGACAUCUUAGUGUUCAGUAGGACCCUCCAAGAGCACCAGGGUCAUUUGAGGCAGGUCUUGGAGAAGCUGAGAGAGGCUAACUUCAAGAUCAACGCGAAGAAGUGCGAGUGGGCCAAGAUACAGGUUUUGCACUUGGGCCAUGUUUUAGACGGAGAUGGCAUUAAGCCUGAGGACAGUAAGAUAGCUGCGAUUAGGGAUUGGCCGACGCCCCGCACGUUGACUAAGUUGUGGUCGUUCCUGGGCCUAACUAACUACUAUAGGAAGUUCGUGAGGAACUUCUCAACUAUCGCCGCUCCCCUUCGCAGGUUGCUCAAGAAAGAGGCAAUCUGGCGGUGGGAUAAAGAUUGUAUGUCUGCGCUAAAGAAGUUAAAGCGCGCAUUGAUAGAGUAUCAUGUCCUCAAAGUAGCAGAUCCGUCUUUGCCAUUUGUCGUCACCACGGAUGCGAGUCAGUAUGGUAUAGGCGCCGUGUUACAGCAGGACGACGGCAAUGGCUACAGACCCGUAGAGUUCAUGUCAGCGAGGAUGCCCUCAGAGAAGGUAGCCACCUCGACGUAUGAGAGAGAACUCUACGCUCUCAGGCAGGCCUUAGAGCACUGGAAGCAUUACCUGCUUCGGAGGCACUUCAAGGUGUAUUCAGACCAUGAGACGCUUAGAUGGUUGAAGACACAGACCAAGAUGACACCUAAGUUGACUAGGUGGGCCGCUGAGAUAGACCAGUACGACUUCGAUCUCAAGCCUGUUAAAGGCAAGUAUAAUGUAGUUCCGGAUGCUCUGAGUAGGAGAUCAGACUACUUUGGAGCCAUAGUUCACUAUCUGGACAUAGGGAGUGACUUGCAGGAGAAAGUUAGACAGGUGUAUGCGCAGGACCCUAUCUAUAGUGACCUCCUCAAGAGAGUCAAGGAGGCCCCAGAGACCAAACCAGACUACCGCACUACAGAGGGUCUGUUAUUUGAGAAGACUAAUGUAGGAGACCGCCUGUGCGUUCCCAACAGUGAGGAGAUCCGUAGUUUGAUCCUAGGGGAAUGCCAUGACACGACGGGCCGGUACCCCUCUCCAUCGUUCUGCUGGAGUAUGGCGCCAAUUCCAUAUUGGCUUGCGUCAGUCGUGACAAUGAACGGAAGAGAUGGGUCUGCAACUUUCAAGACCAGGUACUCAAUCAAUGACUUCUUCAGUUUCUUGAAGGCUGAGGUACAAUCUUUGUCCCAAUUCCAAACUGUCUCCUUCCUCAGCAGUUUGCGCAAUGGUGCAAUUAUCAUGGUGAAGUUUCGUACGAAUUUUCGCUAGUAAUUGGUUGAGCCUAGGAACGACCGCAGUUCGGUCAACGUGUGCGGUGUUGGCAAAUCCCUGAUUGCUGCUAUCUUCGCGUCUUCCGGUUUGACUCCAUCCCCAUCUAACACAUGGCCUAAAUAUAGCACUUGACGCUUUGCCCAUUCAUACUUCUUCGGGUUCGGCUUGAACUUCGCAGUGCGCAACUUAUCUAAAACCAAUCGCAAAUGUUGCUGGUGUUCCUCUGGAGUCUUACUAAAUAUCAUAAUAUCGUCUAUGUAAACGACUAUGAAUUUAUCCAGCCAUUUGCGAACGAGA